UUAGAAGAUUGCUUCCCAAACUGACCCCACGGGGGAAAAAAUCAAGAAUCCCAAACAAUUGGACAUAGCAGAAAACUGGUAAAACAAAUUGGAGAAACAUAUUAUUCCCCGCCCAAUUCUUGAAUGGAUUAGAGUUCAACUCAGCUCAUACUUCCUUGUUUCUUGCUACAAAAUGUUUUCAAUUGCAGCUAUCAAUGAUACAGACUCAAUAAGCCAAUGGGAACCUUUAGCCCCAACCAAAGAAGCACAGGAAUUUCAUUUAUCACAAACUUACCAUGAAGGACUUUUGAAACUGGAAGCUAAAGACUAUAAACAGGCUCGUGAGCUUUUGGAGGCUGUAUUAAAGGAUCCUCUGGUCGCAAAUUCACAGAUUGAUAAUAAUUCUAGUGAUGGUCAUCUCUUGCAGCUCAGAUUUUUGGCACUGAAAAAUCUUGCCACUGUUUUUCUACAACAAGGUGCUCCUUACUACAAAGAUGCUUUGCAAUGCUAUCUUCAGGCCGUAGAGAUUGAUAAUAAGGAUUCUGUUGUCUGGAAUAAGCUGGGAACUUUAGCAUGCUCAAUAGGAAUGUUGAGCAUUUCCCGCUGGGCAUUUGAACAAGGGUUAUAUUGCAGUCCCAAUAACUGGAAUUGCAUGGAAAAACUUUUAGAAGUACUUAUUGCUAUAGGCGACAAGGUUGCCUGCCUUUCAGUUGCUGAACUAAUUUUAAGACACUGGCCUUCCCAUUCUCGAGCUUUGCAUGUUAAAAGAACUAUUGAAGAGUCUGAACCAAUUUCAUUUGCACCAAGAGGGAUAGACAAGCUAGAACCUAAACAUAUGCGGCUGAAAUUCCCAGAGAAGAGAAAAGCUGCUGGUGAUGACCUUGACGAGGAACCAGUUUCCAAAAAGUUGAAGCAAAAUUUGGAGUUCUGCCUUCCAGAAGUUUCCUGGACAGCUCUGGCCAGUGAACUCUUGAAAAUUUUACAUCCAUCAAUUGAAUCUAGUUCUGAACUUGGACUAGGGAAUGGCGUUUCUGGUGAUGUUAGAGUCACCAUUAAAUUGUCCAGUAUACCAGAAAAAUCUAAGGAUCCUUCAGGAAGGAUAGAUACACCCUCCACAGCUGGUGAAAACAGUUGCAUUUUGGAUUACAGGUCUGAGAAAGGCAGUGCUAGUAGAGAAAAAGAAUCAAGUAUUUGUGGAGAACACCCUCAAGAAAGGCGAAGUAGCCGCCUGGAAAGGCUUAGAAGCCGUAAACCAGACAAAGAAGAGUUAGAUUUUGAGACCAACAGGGACCUCGCUAAAGUUGUAAUGCAAUUUCUAGGACCCUAUCUUGUGCAUCAAGCAGGACUUGCAGACCAAGCUGAGGAUCUUCCUAAUUCACCAGACACAGAGUGUAGUGAUGUUGUUGAAUUUGUCCUGAAAACGACAAAAAAUCACGGUGCUUACCACUUGGGUCACAUGCUCCUGGAAGACGUUGCCAGGCGAGGCAUUUUGUAUCAGGAUGGCAUGUCUAAAUUUUUAGAUCUGGAGAAGGUGACAAGGUUUUGGGGCCAGGAGAGGACUCCUGAGUGCAAUUUGUUUCUUGCUGAGUUAUAUUAUGAUUUUGGUUUGUGUUCUUCUGACACACAAAAAAAAUCUAGCUUGAUGUCAGAGGCUUCAUAUCAUCUGUGCAAAAUAAUUGAAUGCGUUGCUUUGGACUAUCCAUUCCACAGUAUUGGCAGGAAAGAAAGCUCUUCAACGAGGGAGUAUUGUCAGAGUAAUGGUCAUAGUGAAUAUCCAUUUAGUAAAAAUCAUGGGUUUUGGGUUCGCUUUUUUUGGUUAAGUGGGCAAUUGUCUCUAUCAGAUGGCGACAAAGCGAGAGCUCGAGAAGAGUUCUCUAUUUCAGUGGAGCUUUUGACAAAUAAGGAAAGCAAGAGUGACUUCGUUUUCUUGUCCCACUUAAAAUUGCAUAAGAGGCUGACUGUCAAUAGAAUCCUCCAUGAGAUUCAUCUACUGGAGGUUGAUUUUCUAAUGAAGGAUGGUAUCCAUCAGUUAGUUGAGAAAAAUCUGCACUCUGAGUGUGUAAAGGCACUUGCUCCUCUUCUCUUUUCCUCAGAAGAAGUCCGUGCUGAAUCAUCAUGUGUCACCAAACAUACAGGGAGAGGUUUAACUUCAACUGAACUGUCUGCCUUAGAUAUUUUAAUAAAAGGAUGUGAGGAGACGGAGCCAUUGGAUAUUGAGGUCUAUUUAAAUUGCCACAAAAGGAAGUUGCAGAUGCUCAUUUCUGCUGUUAGUGAGGAAGAAAAUCAGUUUUCUAACCAGAUGAAAGGUUCAAAAACGUCAUCUGUCUCUGACACAGAGUCAAAUGAAAUCCCAAGUGACCUCUGGAACUUGAUUGCUCAAGAAGUGAAGGCAACAUCUCAGUGUGCCUCAAGGAUAAAGAGCAUCACAGACCCUUCUGAAAACUCUAAUGGUGUUCCAAUGACUGUCAUUGGUGAUAUUCAGUCGCUGCUGCUGAUGCUUAUGUGUAACAUUGCCAACACAUAUUCUUGUAAGAAAUUUUCUAGUCCGGGAAUUUCUGAUCAUAGGGAACAAAGAGAAAGCUCGUACUUUGUAGAUGCAGCUAUUGCAUUCUGUAAACUCCAACACUUGAUCCCAAAUGUUCCUAUAAAAGCUCAAACAGAGUUGAUCGUGGCAAUCCAUGACAUGCUUGCUGAGUUUGGUGUCUGCUGUGAGAGUGCAACUGGUGAAGAGGAAGAAGGAACAUUUCUUUAACUUGCAAUAAAGCACCUCUUGAACUUGGAUAUGAAAUUGAAGUCUAACUUUCACUCUGUCUGCAAGGAAUUUGAAAUGUCUCAGUGUGACGAACAGUCUUUCCAUGAUACUAUUGUUCAGAAAUCUGAGCAAGUUUCUCAUGGAAGCCACAUCAAAGUGUUGUCGAACUUAUCAAAUUUGGACAAGCUAAAUGUGGAAGCAGGUCAGGUAGAUAGAGCUGAAGCUACUGCUUCAGAUAAAGAUGACGUUGAGAGGAUUAGUGCAGAAGCUAUUUCUGCCAGUAAAGCUUUGGUGGUUGAGAAAACUAAAGUGGAGAACAGUAAGAAUGUUGGUGAUGUCUCUGACGGUAUGUACCCUAAAUCGGAGAAAUCAAAGGAUCAAUUGGUCGAAGAUGGAACUGAGCUAAGUGAAGAUGAAAAAGAGGAGCUUGAAGUUGCCAUUGAUAAUGCUAUGGAUCAGUGCUUUUAUUGCCUAUAUGGAUUGAAUCUAAGGUCUGAUGCAUCUUAUGAAGAUGAUUUAGCUGUGCAUAAGAACACAAGCCGGGGUGAUUACCAAACUAAGGAACAAUGUGCUGACGUUUUCCAGUAUAUACUUCCUUAUGCUAAAGCUUCUUCUAGGACAGGGCUCAUUAAACUCCGAAGAGUCCUUAGAGCUAUACGAAAGCACUUCCCACAACCACCAGAUGAUAUUUUAGCUGGAAAUGCAGUAGAAAAGUUAGAUGAUCCUGAAAUGUGUGAAGAGAAACUCUUGGAGGAAGCAGGAUCCAGUGGCUUUCUGGAAUCCAUGACAAAAAUAUUAUUAUCAGACCCUGGAAGCCUCGAACAACAGAAAGUAUCAUCAAAAGGAUGUUCUGAGCCAUACUUGGAAGUUUAUAGCAACUUGUAUUAUCUUCUUGCCCAGUCCGGAGAAAUGAAUGCAACUGAUAAAUGGGCUGGCUUUGUUCUGACAAAAGAAGGGGCGGAAUUUGUGCAGCAAAAUGCAAAUCUCAUCAAAUAUGAUUUAAUUUACAAUCUCCUACGCUUGGAGAGUUGGCAGAAACUUGCAAAUAUCUAUGAUGAGGAGGUAGACUUGCUGCUAAAUGAUGGAAGCAGGCAAAUAAAUGUUCUGGGAUGGAGGAAAAAUGCUGCUUUAUCUGAGAGAGUUGAGGCAAGUCGCCGAAGGAGCAGGCGAUGUUUGUUGAUGACCUCAGCUUUAGCGAAAACAGCAGAUCAACAGGUUGUUGCUGCGUACUGUUUCAAUCAAUCAACUCAGGAUACUAUGAUGGAUAUCCUCAGUAAGGUUUGCCCAUCAGUUUCAGAAUCGACGUGCUCUGAGGAUAGAACUCCCAAUGCCUACUCUGUCAAUGAUGGAAAAGGGGAUUCGGAUUCACUUAUGGAAGGCGCGUGGCAGAUGCUUUACAAUGAUUGCCUUUCUUCCCUUGAAAUCUGUGUGGAAGGGGACCUGAAACAUUUUCAUAAGGCUAGAUAUAUGCUUGCUCAAGGCUUAUAUCGAAGAGGUGGAGAUAAGAAUCUACAGAAGGCAAAGGAUGAACUUUCCUUCUGCUUUAAGUCGUCUCGUUCUUCAUUCACAAUAAACAUGUGGGAGAUUGACGGUAUGGUCAAAAAGGGAAGGCGCAGAACCCAAGGUUGCUCAGGGAACAGGAGAGCCCUAGAAGUUAACUUGGCAGAAAGUUCUCGGAAGUUCAUUACUUGCAUCCGCAAGUACAUACUAUUCUAUUUAAAACUGCUGGAGGAGACAGGAGACAUCUGUAUGCUUGACCGGGCUUAUUUCUGUCUUCGGACAGAUAAGAGGUUCUCCGUCUGUCUUGAAGAUCUCAUUCCAGUUGCCCUUGGACGAUACUUAAAGGCAUUAAUUUCAUCUAUACAUCAGACUGGUAGUACGUCUUGUGGUGCUAGCAACUCUAGUGAGCAUCAUCUAGAGAAAAUGUUUUCUCUGUUCAUGGAACAGGUCACCAUGUGGUCUGAUAUUUGUGGCUUGCCUGAAAUAAAGAGCUUUGAGUUGACGGAGAGCUGCUUAUUUGGAUAUCUUUAUCGAUAUAUCCAGUCUUUAGAGCAGAAUAUCAAAGUUGAAACGCUUGAAGGAAUAAAUGAAAAGAUACGCAAGCGUUUGAAGAACCCAAAGCUGUCGAAUAGUAACUGCGCAAAAGUUCAUAAGCAUGUUUCUGCUGCUUGGUGUCGAUCACUUGUAAUUAGUAUGGCUUUAAUAACGCCUUUGCAUUCAAGACUCUCCAGUGAAAUCCAAGGUCCAAAUUCGUCAGCUAAUGGAUUAGAUAACUCACAACUGCUUUGUGUCGAUCUCCAAUUGGAUGAACUAUGGAGUUCAUCUUUUGAAGACAUGAAUCAUUUGAAGGAUCUUGAGAGGAAGUGGAACCCCUCAUUGUCUAAAAUAAAAAAUGUAAUAGUAAAGAGAGCUGCAGAUGAAGAUCUGGAAACUGCUUCUAUGUUGCUUAGGUCUUGCUAUAAUUUCUACAAGGACACAUUUUGUGCAUUGCUCCCAUCAGGUAUAAACCUUUAUAUGGUGCCAUCGCAAUUUGCUACAGAAACAUAUAUCCAACCUGGGAUAGACGCGGUCGACAUACUCGAUAUGAACACUUCACGGAAGCAUUUGUGGGCCUACACACUUCUGCAUGGCCAUUGCACAAAUGUCUCAGCUGCUAUUAAGUAUUGUGAAGAAACUUCCAAGUCAAGGAUUAAAAAAGGAAGUGGAAGCUUGUUGUCUUCAAAUGCAAAUGCAUCUCCUGCCACACCUUCCAAUAUAGGUGGAGGAAGAGAUGGGAUGAGUAAAAGCUCUGAACCAGAUGUUUCCCCAUUAUCAACUUCGGGCAAUGCACCAUAUUCUGAAACCGACGGAUCACAAAAAGUUACACCUCCCAGUUUGCCAGGAACUGAGAAGCCAAGCGCCUCUUUCUCCACAAUGGGGGACACAAUGGAUGCAUCAUCGACAUCUCUGCCUGAAGUAGAGAGCACCACUUCUCCAAAUGCUGAUCAGGGGCAGAAGGUUUUGUCGGCUGAACCUGGAAACAUUUGAUGUUGUACAUCAUGCUUUAGCUAAUCUGUUCUGCAACUUUUCCUUGUGACUGGUCUAUUAUUGUAUGUAAGCAGUUCCUUCUUUUCUUGAAGAGCUCGUCUUUCUUUCUUUCUUCUUUCUAUUGUUUUUGGUGUCAGAGGAUACAAAUAUAGGUUCUUCCCCUUGUAUUGUAUCGCCUUGUACCUAUUCCGACAGCUCUUGCUGAGAACGAUUCUAUGUUUUUUUUUUCGGUAUAACCAAAUUUAUACAAUGUAUUCCCUUGUACAGGUGCUAUUUAAAACCUAUCUAAUUUUUCCAAAGUA